ACAUUAGAACAAGCAGCAGUUUCCCCGAAGACCACUUGCAAAGUCUAAAGCCCACGUAAAACCCCCCACAAGUAAACCCCUCGAUCCAGUCCUCCCUCGAUCUCUUCCAAUGCCGCCCACUCUCCCUCUUCACCGCCGCCGCCUCCUCCUCCCGUCCCACCACUACGGUGACCAAAUCCGCACCUUCGUCGACGCCCGCGUGAAGUGGGUGCGGGACCGCGCCCUCGACCACGCCGUGGAGAAGGAAAAGCACCUCCAACCCUUCCACGCCCUCAAAGACCUCCUCCUCCUCUCCGCCGCAUCCUCCUCUCCUUCUCCUUCUCCGUCUCCGUCCCUCCCCCUCUCCUCCGUCGCCGCGCGCCGCUCCGAUCUCCGCCUCCCCUUCCGCGCCAUCCGCUUCAUCCGCCUCUUCCCCUCCGCCUUCCUCGAAGACCUCCCCUCGUCGUCGUCGUCCUCCUCUCGUCCCCACCCCGUCAUCCACCGCCUCCGCUGGGACCUCGGCCUCCCCCGCGACUUCCCCCGCUCCCUCCUCCCCGACUACCCCGACUUCUUCCGCCUCGCCCCCGCCCGCGCCAACGCCAACGCCCUCGACCUCGAGCUCGUCUGCUACAGCCGCGACCUCGCCGUCUCUGCCAUGGAGCGCUACGCCGCCCGCACGGGGGGCUACACCAAGGGCGCCCCCCUCCCCUUCCCCCUCCACUUCUCCCGCGGCUUUGACCUCGAGAAGAAGGUCCGGAAUUGGCUCGACGAGUGGCAGAAGCUCCCCUACAUCUCCCCCUACGAGAACGCCUCCCACCUCCCCCCGAAGAGCGACCUCGCGGAGAAAUGGACGGUCGGGGUGCUCCAUGAGGUGCUCAGCUUGCUGAUUAGCAAGAAGACCGAGAAGGAGAACUUGGUUCUAUUGGGAGAGCAUCUAGGGCUUCCGCCGGGAUUCCGGAAGGUGAUCGCCCACCACCCGGGGAUAUUCUACGUAUCGAAUAAGCUCAGGACGCAGACCGUGGUGCUCAGAGAGGCCUACCGUAGGGAUCUCCUGGUGGAGAAGCAUCCCGUGAUGGGGUUGCGGUAUCAGUACAUUCAUCUCAUGCAUAUGGGCAAGGAGGCUGCUGGCAAGAAGAAGGAUCAGAAAUCACGGAGGGUCGCCGCACCGGUUGCUGGAGCUGAUGGCGGAGUUGGUGAUAAAGAUGAAGAGGAUGAGGAUUAUGAUGAUGAUGAUGAUGAUGAAGAUGAUGAUGAGGAAGGGGAAGAAGAGUUGUCGCCUGGUUCUCGCAUUUAUUCGGAGGAUGAGGAGAGUGACGAUGAAGAUGGAAAUGAUCUUAGCUACUCUAGUAGGACGUGAAGUGUUUUGUCUUCAUAGAGGAUUGAUAUUGAAAGCCGUAAUGAGCACAGAAACCGUGACAAUUCCGCCCCCCUUUUUUUCAUCUGGACUGAACGAUCUGUGCUCGAGUUACAAAGGUGCAGAGCAUCAUCAAAAUGGGAUCCACCUUUGAUUCUUCAAAGGCGCAUCCACUUAUUGGAGAAUGGAUAAUAAGAGGAUCAAGUUUGCACCUGGUCGAAUUUCAACUCAAUCAUUCAACCGAGCAAGUUGUGCCUGGUGGAUGUGCUAAGCAUACCUGAAAGAUCAUGCGAUGGGUUAUUAUUAGCAUGUCAGAAUAAUAGUGUGAAUUCUGCUUCGGGUUUUGGUCCUGUUGUUCCUCAAAGAGUGCACUCAUUGUGGGAAGAAACUUCAACAUGGACAGUCCAAUCUGGUCAGCUCCUAUGCAUGACGGAGAAUGGGUGCUUUCUAAUUUUAUCAAAUGUUGAAGCCAUGAAACAAAGAAAUCCUGCAUAUGACAAGAUAACUUCUGUACUGACGAUGAUAUUAUAGUCGCCAGAACUUAUGCGCGACUUUGAAGUGUACAUCCCCUUCUGCAGUUAUAUUCCGCUCUGCUGUGGUAAAUGCUGGUUAUCGCAUCUUAGGCAGCCAUGUGAAUCCACUUGGUUCAAAUCUGAUUCUCCCUCUGAUGUCAUUUGGGACAUAAUGCGCUGCUGGGUUAAAAGCCAUCCGGUUAGAGCACAGCCACCAGAUCAUUCAGGGACAGUGAUCCUUUCCAGCUGCAAGCAAAUUUUGCCCAGGUGGUUGUAUCUUUGAGCAAAGCCAAAGCCAAGAAGGUGAAGAGAUUAGGUCUCGAAGGUUAGGACCUGACGCUAAAUCACCAGCAAGCACUCCUCUCUCUUGGGCCCAAAGAUUCUCACCGGCUUUCCUAACAGUGCAGAGGAAAAAUGUAGCAGCAUUGGCGCAAGAAGUUAAUGAUACGCAUGUCGCAAAGCGCCAGAAGACUGAUGAUUUAGUCAACAAGCGAGCCAUGAUUGUGUGGUAUGCAAAUGGAAUGUGAUGUUGUGUUUUAGCUAUGUUCCACUAUCGGCAGUCCGUGAGCUUAUUGUGAGAAGUUAUGUUGUCACUCGGUUUCACGUUGUGGUGUAUUCACGGGCCUCGUGAAAUUGCAGGGCUUGUUGAUGGUCGUUUUUGAUCAAGCAAGGUUGUCUUAACCAACAUUUUAUUUGGUAAUUUUCCGCAAGAAAGAUGUAAAUUCUUUUCCUAGACUAACCGAAAAGGAGAUUGGAGCUUUUUAGUUGUGCCCUUCAUGGUUUUAUAAUAUUGUUUUCUGAAUA